UAUUACUCCAUACCUUCUACACAUCAGGGGAAUGAGGCUCUCUCCGUCUCCUGCACUGGAUCCAAGUCUGGCUGGUAGUCUGGUUCUACUACAUCUAGCUGUGGUGACUGGUGGGCUUGCCUUGCUCUCGUCUGCCUCUAGCUCUGCCUCUGGGCUGGAGUCUGUAAGAUGCAGGCUCCAAGGCACCCCUCGUCGUCCGGCGUUCUCCCAGGAUGGGGACUUUGUCAUCGGGGGUGUUUUCUCCAUGCACUACUACAUGCACACUGUGGAUCACAGCUACACCAGCCUACCUGAGCCCCUGAAGUGCACAGGGAGUAUGGAUUCCCGUGAGUUACGCUUCUCGCGCGCCAUGAUCUUCGCAGUUGAGGAGAUAAACAACAGUUCAGACCUUCUACCGGGUGUCACACUUGGUUAUCAAGUGCACGACUCAUGCAACUCGGUCCCCAUGGCCGUGAAAGUGGCCUUCCAGCUGGCUAAUGGCCUGGACCCCAUGUUUGAUACCGGAGAACAGUGCUCAGGGUCGGCUACAGUGACAGCUAUCGUGGGCGAGUCUGGCUCCACGCCUACCAUCAGCAUGUUGCGCAUCAUCAGCCCUUUCGGCAUUCCUCAGGUGAGCCACUAUUCCACCUGUGCUUGUCUGAGUGAUAAGAAACAGUAUCCAACCUUCUCCAGAACCAUCCCCAGUGAUCAGUUCCAGGCUGCCGCUCUGGCAAACCUCAUCAGGCACUUCGGCUGGACCUGGAUUGGGGCGGUCCGUUCCGACUCUGACUACGGUAAUAACGGGAUGGCGGCUUUCCUUCAGGCAGCACAAAAGGAGGGUAUCUGUGUGGAGUAUUCUGAAGCCUUCUCCCUUACCAACCCACUCAGCAGAGUGCAACGUGUGGCUGACGUGAUCCGCAGCUCCACAGCCCAGGUGGUGUUUGCAUUCGUAGCCUCUGGGGACAUGAUAAUCCUGUUGGAGGAGAUGGAACGCCUGCCCUCUCCACCCCGCCAGUGGAUCGGGAGUGAGUCCUGGGUCACUGAUCCAGAUAUGCUUCGUUUCGGCCUGUGUGCCGGGGCCAUCGGAUUUGGCAUCCAACGCUCUGUCAUCCCCGGCCUCAGGGACUUCCUGCUGGACCUCUCCCCACAGAAGGUGUCCAACUCUCCCCUGCUCACUGAGUUCUGGGAGGGAGCCUUUGGCUGUAGGCUGGGUAUAGGGACCUCUACAGGUGUUGGGGUUGAAGAGAAGGUGUGUGAUGGCAGUGAGGAUAUGCAGCAGCUACAGACCCCCUACACAGAUACAUCCCAGCUGCGUGUCACUAACAUGGUGUAUAAAGCUGUUUAUGCCAUAGCACACGCCAUCCACAGCAUCGUUUGUGAAGAGAGAGAAAACUCCACUGUGAACUGUGACCAAAACAUUAAUGUGAAGCCAACACAGGUCCUGGAGAGAUUGAGGAGGGUGAACUUCUCUCGUAACGGGUACCAGGUGUCUUUCGAUGCCAACGGGGACCCAGUGGCCACCUAUGAGCUGGUCAACUGGCAGAGACGGAAGAGUGGGAAGAUGGAGUUUGUGACAGUGGGGCGCUAUGAUGCGUCCCUGCCUCCUGACCAGAGGCUUGACAUCGACAGGGAAAUCACCUGGGUAAAGAACAGUACACAAGUACCUGUGUCAGUGUGCAGUGAGAGCUGUCCCCCAGGUACUCGUAAGGCUAUACAGAAAGGAAAGCCUGUAUGCUGUUAUGACUGUAUCCAAUGUGCAGAGGGAGAGAUCAGUAAUAACACAGAUUCUUCAGACUGUCUGAUCUGUCCCGAGGAGUACUGGCCCAACGCUGAGAGAGACCGCUGUAUCCUUAAACCUGUGGAGUUCCUGUCCUUCCACGAGGUCCUCGGAAUCAUCCUGACCGCCUGCUCUGUGGGCGGGGCUUGUCUUGCAAUCGCCACGGCAACUGUCUUCUACCACCACCGAACGUCGGCCAUCGUCAGGGCCAACAACUCUGAGCUGAGCUUCCUGCUGCUCUUCUCCUUGGCUCUGUGUUUUCUGUGUUCUCUUACUUUCAUUGGCCGGCCCUCUGAGUGGUCCUGUAUGCUGCGUCACACAGCGUUUGGGAUCACCUUCGUCCUCUGCAUCUCUUGUGUUCUGGGGAAAACCAUAGUGGUGUUGAUGGCCUUCAGGUCUACACUUCCAGCCAGUAAUGUCAUGAAAUGGUUUGGUCCUCCACAGCAGAGAUUGACUGUAGUGUCCUUCACGUUUGUCCAGGCUAUGAUAUGCACUCUGUGGUUGGUCCUGUCCCCUCCCUUCCCCAUUAAAAACCUCACUACCUACAAGGAAAAGAUCAUUCUAGAGUGUGAUGUUGGUUCAGCUAUUGGUUUCUGGGCUGUGUUGGGUUAUAUAGGACUCCUGUCUCUCUUGUGCUUUGUGCUGGCUUUUCUGGCUCGGAAGCUGCCUGAUAACUUCAAUGAGGCCAAAUUCAUCACCUUCAGCAUGCUCAUAUUCUGUGCAGUCUGGAUCACCUUUAUCCCAGCUUAUGUCAGCUCUCCAGGGAAGUUGACUGUAGCUGUGGAGAUCUUUGCCAUCAUCACCUCAAGUUUUGGGUUGUUCUUUCUAUUAUUUGUUCCUAAAUGCUUUAUUAUUCUGUUCAGGCCGGAGAAGAACACCAAGAAACACCUCAUGGAGAAGACAUCCAAUGAUAUACGUUAUUAAGAAAUUAUUGAGGUUAAAAAAGAUUGUAACAAUCAGUUAUAUGGUUUAUCAUAGAGUUAGGUAGAACUACUCUGACAGAGAUGAACAACAAUUUAGCAGAUAAUCAUUGGUAAAAUUGUAACUAGUAACAUUACACAGGUUCACAUUAGAUAUUCCACUGUUAUGAGGGAUUGUUAAAAUCUGAUUAGACCUGCUACAUGAUGUGAUUAGCAGUAGUCUACAGAGUGGAACCACUUCCAUGUUGUUGGAGAAAAGCUGUAUUCCUAUAUGAAUUGAUAGAACCUUGAAGUGCAUGUAUUCAAUUGCUAUUGUAAUUCAUCAUAUUAUGUAUUAUAAUAAUAUAAUACACAUUUUCAUAUACAGUUGAAAUUGGAAGUUGGAGUCAUUAAAACUUGUUUUUCAACAACA